AAAAAAAAGAUGGCCAAAACUAUUCAAAAUGGUGCCAUCAUUUUCAUAUUUGUCUUGACAAUAGCAGCAUUUCUUCCAUUGGGAACCUCUGAUCUCAUGGAAACCACAUGCCAAAAAACUCGCAAUCCCGAACUGUGUGAGUACAUUCUAAGGCAUGAUCCAAGGAGCUACGAACCCAAUGCAGAUCUCAAAGUUCUUACCUUAGUUGUCAUCGAUUCACUCAUUUCCAAGACAGAUUACACCCUCAAAGCAAUCAAACAGAUGCUAAUAGACCGGCCUGAACUGAAAAUCCCCUUAGACGAAUGCGGCAACCAAUUUGCUCUCAUCCGGAACUUCUACAUUCGUGAUGCAAUUGUGGCUGUAAAUUCUGGCAAUCCAAAGCUUGGGGAAGAUAUGAUGUUUAGUGUGAAUGAUGCUGCUCAUCUAUGUGAUGCUGCUUUUAAACCAAACCCUUCUCCUUUUGUUAACAUCAAUGCCAUUUUUUAUGACAUUGCUGAUAUUACAUCUGCUAUGUUCACCCAGAUGCAAAUGUAA